ACCAAUGGAAACACUUUACAGUCAUAAAUAAAUAUCAUGUGCUAACUGUAUUUAGAGAAUAUUUUCUUUCCGAUUUCUUCUAUUCAGUAUUAGUUAUUUUUAACAGAUUAUGUAUGGUAUAUUAUUGGAAGCUGCCAAACACUAUAUUUUAGACAAUUAUGGUGAAAAUACAUGGAUAUGGCUAUGUAAAAAAUCGACUGGUAAAGAAUUCGAUAUUGAAACUAGAAAAAUAUACCAUGAUAACCUGAUGGCAAGAAUUGCUACAAUAUUGAGUGAUAGAAUAUUCACAGAUAAAGAUAUAAUUCUUUUUGAAAUUGGACGUUAUACCAUACAAUAUUUAAUUAAAAACGGCUUUGAAAAACUACUUCGUGUACUUGGUAAAACAUUCAAAGAUUUAUUAUUAAGCUUAAAUGAUCAUCAUAAAUAUUUACGUUAUAGUUAUCAUCGUAUUAAACCACCGUCAUUUGUCAUAUUAUCCAGUACACCAAGUUGUAUAGUGUUGGAAUAUACAACAAAACGACCCGGUUAUAAUCAUUAUACAAGAGGACUAUUAUUUGAAGUAGCUAAAUACAUUUAUCAACUACAUUUAGUUAUCAAAAUUAAUUCAGAAUCACAUGAAGGUCCAAUAUAUCGAACUGUAUUCACAUUAGAACUAUGUAUUGGUGAAAGUUUUAAAGAAAGUGAGAUUUGUAUGAUAAAAACUGGAUUAGGUACAAUGAAUAUGUUAACGAAAAUUUCAAGUGAAAAUUUUUUUGGAUUAUUACCAUUCCAUUUGUUAAUCGAUAAGAAUUUGAUUAUACAAAGUGCUGGACAACGAUUAUUAGAAUUUCAGCCAACUCUAAUUAAUACAAUGUUUCAAGAACAUUUUGUCAUCAUGUUGCCAAUUAUGAAACCCUUAUUUGAUCGGAUUAUGAUGUUUUCCUCUUCUACGUUUAAAAUCGGGCUAAAGAUGGACGAAAGAAAAAUGAAUGAAAGUCAUAAAUCAAUAUUAUAUCUUAAAGGUCAAAUGAUUUAUAUAAAAGAAUGGUCAAUGUUACUUUUUAUUGGUAAACCAAAUUUUUCAGAAACUAAAUCUUUUAUUGAUUUUGGAUUAUAUUUACAUGAUAUUAAUUUAUAUGAUAUCAAAGUUGAAAAAAUGAUUAUAGGUGAUAUAGUAUCUAAAAAUCUUUUAGUACUGUUAGAAAAACAAAAAAGAAAAAGUAAACAGUUAUCAAAAAUAGCCAGAAAACUGGAUGAACAACGAAAAAAAACGUAUCAACUGCUGGAACAAUGUUUACCUAAAGAAGUUGCACAACAAAUAAGUCAAGGAAAACACGCUUCAGAAACAAUGAAGGCAUAUGAUUCAGUGACAAUAUGUUUUACUAAAGUGGUUAAUUUUUCUAAUUAUUCUAGUCGAAUGUGUCCACAUAAAAUUGUUGAUAUAUUAAAUCAAAUGUAUACACUUUAUGAUUCAAUGACUGAAUCCCAUAAUGUUUAUAAGAUUGAAACAAUUAAUGAUAGCUAUAUGCUGGUAUCUGGCGCUCCAAGUCCAUCAUCUUUCCAUUCAGCUCAUAUAAUUGAAAUGGCAUUAGAUAUUCUAAAAGUUACAAAACAACAUCUAUUUUGGCCUAGUGAAGCUUUUUCGGAUAAUUCAACAGGAACUCAAGAUGAACAAAAUAUACCACUACAACUAUACAUUGGCUGUCAUACUGGUCCAAUUGUUGCUGGAAUUGUUGGGUUUAAAUCACCAAGAUAUUGUUUGUUUGGUGAUACAGUAAAUACUGCAAAUAGAAUGAUGAGUACUGGACUCCCAGAUACAGUUCAUAUUAGUUCGGACUUAGCGAAUAACCUUUUUAAUUAUCCUUAUAUUCUGGAAUACCGAGGUGAACAAACAAUUAAGGGUAAAGGAAAAAUGACUACUUAUUUCGUUAAAGGCCGCAAAGAAAACUUUACCAUGACUGAUACAACAACUGGAGAAGAGUUAAACUUCCGAAAAUUAUUAAAAGAAGAUGUUGAAAAUCACUGCAGACAAAUAAAUGAACUAAACUAUUCAGAUUCAGAAGUUUGUGGUUAUCAGAAUGGAAGUGAAUCAAGUUCGUCUACGCAUUCUGAAGAUGAAACAGAAGUAAAAGAAAUUCAAAAUAUUGACAAAACUGAAGAAAUAAAUUUCAAGACACAUGACACUAUACUUAUUCAAAAUAAUGUCUCGACUCAACUUUGUUUCAACAAUAAUCAAAAUAAACGUCAAUUACAGUCUAAAGAAAUGGAUUAUGUGCAAUCCAAAGAAAGUUUACCAAAAUCUAAAACAGUAGAACAAAACAAUUUGAAAUAUAAAAACAAACUAAUGAAUGAAGAUGAACAAGUAGAUUUAAUGCGAUCUUUUAAAUCUACUAAAUCGGUAAUAUUUCAAAAUAUCGUAAAUCCAUUAACAUUAGGAUUAACAGAGAUCGGUAUUGUUCAACCUGAAAAUCCACUUCAAUAUUUAGGCGACUGGUUGUGCAAAUUUUCACAAAAGUCUAUGAGUGAAGACUCAUGA